AUGGCUCAGUUUGGUACAUUUAAAUAGGUUUUUAGGAAGAAAGAAGGACGUUUAUUCCAAGCGGAACAAAGUAUUUGAACAUCCUCCUCCUGCCGGAACUUCAGAGCGGGACAUCCGGUGGAAGUAAACAAUGAAAAGGCGGCAGUAUGGUUGUUCCAGCGUGAACUUUUGGAGGCUUUGUGUUGUUGUGUGAGCUGAGUGUGUGAGCUGCGGCAGCAACGAUGCCUUCAGUUCAGUAUCUGAGAGAGUUCAUCAACGAGCGACUAACUGCUGCUGCUGAACAAAUAUUCUUGGAGUUUGAAAAAACGAUCGUCCAGUACGAGGAAGAGAUCGACCGUCAGCGCAGACUGCUGGAUAUCACCUGGAAACCCCAAAUCAAGCUGCACAGGACAGACGUCCCACAGCAGCCUGUCUGUAAGGAGGAGGAGGAGGUUCUCCCUGAGCAGCAGCUCUGGAACCAGGAGAGGAGCUCCAGUGUGGACCAGGAGGAACCAGAACCUCCACAGAUUAAAGAGGAACAGGAGGAACUGUGCAGCAGUCAGGAGGGAGAGCAGCUGGGACUGAAGGAGGAGAUUCAUAGCUUUACGGUGCCUUGUAUGUAUGAGGAAAGUGACGACAGUGAAUCAGAACUCCUCGGGCAGCAGCUCCUCUCUCCCAGCUUUCCUGUGGCUGAGUCAGAGGAUCAUGAAGGAAGUAAAUAUAGAGAUUUAGGAGUAACUGAGAAUGCAGAGGUGAAGCCAAAGAAGAGAAAUCACAGUGAAAAUGCAGAGAACCCUACACUGCCAAUGAGUCAGUGUAACACUGGCACAGGUAACAAGUAUGUAUCAUGUGAUGUUUGUGGAAAAGCCUUUAAGAAAGGGUACCAAAUGAGGAUCCAUCAGAGAAUCCACACAGGGGAGAAGCCGUAUUCUUGCACCACGUGUGGGAAAGGUUUUACUCAAAGUGGUAGUUUGUUGAGCCACAUGAGAACCCACACGGGGGAGAAGCCGUAUCUGUGUAACACGUGUGGGAAACGUUUCAGUCAGAGCAGCAGGCUGUCCAUCCACACCAGGAUCCACACUGGUGAGAAGCCGUACCUUUGUAAAACCUGUGGGAAGGGAUUUAGUGACCCGUCGUCGGUUAAGCAGCAUAAGGUGGUCCACACAGGGGAGAAGCCGUAUCUGUGUAACACGUGUGGGAAACGUUUCAGUCAGAAUAGCAGUUUGUGGGCCCACAUGAGAAGUCACACAGGGGAGAAACCAUAUUUCUGUAAAACGUGUGGGAAGAGUUUCAGUCAGAGCAGCAGGCUGUCCUCCCACACCAGGAUCCACACUGGUGAGAAGCCGUAUCCCUGCAAAAUGUGUGGGAAAGAUUUUCGCUCUCAGUAUCAUUUGACUGUACACAUGAGAAACCACUCUGAUAGUAAGCCUUACCCUUGUAACACUCCCAUAAUCCCACAGUCCAGCCACACAUGGGCGAAUGGUCCUUAUCUGAAAAAGACAGGAGAGGAACUUCUCUUCCGGUAUGGUAAAACUCGCCAGCAGCAGACCAGGGAGGAGGCUCCUAUCGCAGACCUGUCUCCUCCUGACAGCGCAUCGCCGCACAGUCCCGCCCCACUCCACACCUGUCUCACCAGCAACACCUCCAUCAUUAAGUUCAUUGGCAACACAGCCAUCACGGGGCUGAUCACUAGUAAAAAGGAGGCUGCUUACAGGGAAGAGGUGGCUCAGCUGCUGUCAUGGUGCCUGGAAAAUUAUCUCUCCUUAAAUGCUAAGACUAAGGAGAUGAUUAUUGACCCAAGAAUCAGGAGAAAGCAGCACGCCCCACUAUACAUCAAAAGGACUCGGGUGGAGAGGGUGAAGAUCUUCAAAUUCCACAGCACUCACAUCACUGCGGCAGCAACGAUGCCUUCAGUUCAGUAUCUGAGAGAGUUCAUCAACGAGCGACUAACUGCUGCUGCUGAACAAAUAUUCUUGGAGUUUGAAAAAACGAUCGUCCAGUACGAGGAAGAGAUCGACCGUCAGCGCAGACUGCUGGAUAUCACCUGGAAACCCCAAAUCAAGCUGCACAGGACAGACCUCCAACAGCAACAUGUCUGUGAGGAGGAGGAGGUUCAGCAGAGGAGCCGAACACAGUCUCUACAGAUUAAAGAGGAACAGGAGGAGCUGUGCAUCAGUCAGGACGGGGAGCAGCGUGCACAGAAGGAGGAGACUGGUACCUUUAUGGUGACUGUAACUUAUGACGAUCUCAGUGAACCUGACCUGGACAGCGACCAGCUCGGCUCUCGCAGCUCUCUUCUCUACGAAAGCCGAGAUCAGGAAGGAAGCAAGAGUUUCGAUUCUACUUCAACUGCCACUAGAAACAUAAGUCAGAGUAGCAACGCAGAAAUAUUUCCCACAUCAGAGAGUCAGUGUAACACCGACAUAGUCCCCAAAUCUCUAAAAUGCAAUGUUUGUGGAAAGGUCUUUAAGCCUUUUAGUGACCCGUUAGCAUUUAAGAGACACAUGGCAGUCCACUUGGGCGAAAAGCCGUACUCCUGCAAAACGUGUGGGAAAAGUUUCACUAAAAAUAGUACUUUACUGGGCCACAUGAGAGUUCACACAGGGGAGAAGCUGUAUUCUUGUGAAACGUGUGGGAACAGUUUUACUCGAAAAGGUAAUCUGCUGGUGCACAUGAGAAUCCACUCGGGCGAGAAGCCGUACGUUUGUAACGCCUGCGGCGAGCGCUUUUGUUACUUGUCGGCACUUAAAAAGCACAAGGCGGUGCGCACGGGCGAGAAGCCGUAUUCCUGCAAAACGUGUGGGAAAGGUUUUACGGAGCGCGGCAAUUUGUUGGUCCACAUGAAAAUCCACUCGGGCGAGAGACCGUAUACUUGUAAAACCUGCGGGAAAAGUUUCACUACAAAUAGUACUUUACUGGGCCACAUGAGAGUUCACACAGGGGGGAACCUGUAUUCUUGUGAAACGUGUGGGAACAGUUUUACUCGAAAAGGUAAUCUGCUGGUGCACAUGAGAAUCCACUCGGGCGAGAAGCCGUACGUUUGUAACGCCUGCGGCGAGCGCUUUUGUUACUUGUCGGCACUUAAAAAGCACAAGGCGGUGCACACGGACGAGAAGCCGUAUUCCUGCAAAACGUGUGGGAAAGGUUUUACGGAGCGCGGCAGUUUGUUGGUCCACAUGAGAAUCCACUCGGGCAAGAGACCGUAUACUUGUAAAACCUGCGGGAAAAGUUUCACUACAAAAUGUACUCUGUUGGUGCACAUGAGAAUUCACACCGGCGAGAAGCCGUACUCGUGUAAAAUCUGCGGGAUGAGUUUCAGUAAAAAUGGUGGUUUGUUGGUGCACAUGAAAACUCACACAGCUGAGACGCUGAAGUCGGACAUUUCUGUGGGAAAAGACUCUCUGUGAGGUUGUUGUUGUUGUUCACCUGGUGGCCAGUUAAAAAGGCAGGGCCAUGUGUGUGUGCAUGCAUGCAUGUGUGCUUGUAGGAAGGGAUUAUAGUCAAAGCAGCCAGUGUGAGAAACAGGAGAUGCAAAAGAAGCGUGAGAACAUUACCUGGAAAACAGCUGGGAAUUUAAGAAGAGUAAGAUGAAGAGUAAGCAACAGGCAAACCCCCUUCUGUCACACACACACACACACACACACAGUCCUAUACAAAACAUGCUGGGUCAAACUCAACUGGUGCUUCCGUACUGACUCAUUUAUUAUUUGUAUCACAGUCUGGGAACCUCUUGGAAAGUUCUCUUUAAGUUAUCAGGCACAGAACUUCAUUUAAUUCCUGUAAUUUUGAGAAAUAAAUUAUUCUGAAUGAACCAAACAACAUUAUGGGUUAACUAAUUCACAAAUAACUCCCACUUUCUAGCAGCACUAUACCCUCUCCUUCUACACUUGGACUGUCUUAAUGGAGACUUUGCUGGUUUUGCAAAGUCUCAAAUACUGAUUAUAUGUUUAUAUGAAGUCUGACACAAGUUCUCUACAGUAUACAUUUGUUUUUAUGCUCAAAGUGAUGGCUGGAGCUACUUUUUGUUUUUCAGCUUGUUUAAUGGUCCUCUUCAUUCUAAAGAAGCCGAUAUCGUUUCUUCAAAUUUGGCAUCAACUGUUAAGAUGAACUGAUUCAACUCAACUGAAAACAUCUUUGUGAAUAUAACUGAAGAAUUCCAAACUUCUCAAAAAUGUCUUAUUUAUGUCACUGAUGCAAACUGCAGUUUGACUAGUUGGCAAGAAAAACCAAAGGAUGUCAAUUCUAGCUGUUUGUGUGACGGUAAAUAAAGUGGAUGGGAAGAAACCGCUUCUGCAUUCUCACAUUACACUCGAAAGAGGAAGUAAUCCCUUGUUUACUGCAGGUUUGCU